GCCAGGGAGGCUUGACAAUUACUAGAACCGUUAUAUUUGAAAGAAUCGAUGUUAGAAAUACGGAGUCGUAUUUAGAUCAGCUGUGUGGCAUCAUGUUUUGAAGCUUCUUAUGCGGUGUAUUUCGCUUCUAUGAACGCUUCUCUUCAAAAAUUUAAGUUUUCUAAUGGAAAUCGAAUAAUUUUGGAAUGUUUCAAGUGUGAUCUGCAAAUAUUAAUUUAUUCUUUUUUCUCUAAUGGCAUAACAAUAAACUAAUUUUAUAAGCGUAGUAUUGUAUAAAGGGAAAGUUCGAGACGUAUCUCUAUUGCAACAGGACAUGUUUGAAAAUUUGCAACAAGUGAACAGAAGUCUGAAAGGUGAUGAUAGUUUGCAUACAGUUUUGAGAAAUUAUAAUUAGAAAUCCAGAACCUAAAAAAUAAAAAAAAUGGCUUUAGGUCUUUAUUGCAAAAAUCUUGGUAUUGAUGAGGAAGUUUUGAAUGGACAGAAGACUAAGGUAUGUGAAGAAAGUAAAAGUAUCAGCAAUGGGGUUAUGUGGGAACUUAGAAAGUAUAAAACAGCAAAGAAGCUUGGAAAUAAAGAACUUGUUGAUUGGUUAAUAAACAUCUUUCAAGUAAAAUGUGAAAACACUGAAGCUGUACAAGAAGAACUUAAUAAAAAAUAUGAUACUCUAAUGAAUAUUCGGAAAUAUUUAUCUAAGUCACCUAAUAGAUAUCGUGGCGAGAUUGAUCGGCUUAUGAACUGGAAUUUUGACUUUCCUCCUGAUAUGGGUAUGGAUCCAGUUGACGCUUUUGAACCAACUGUUUGUGCUAGUCUUGGUCCUAAAUUGCUGAAAGUUUUGAAAGAGAAAGGAGGAGAUGAUGAUGACUCAAUGGAUAUGUCUGGUCAUUCAGAUGAGGAUGAUGAAGAAGCUAAGAAGCGGAAGGCAAGAGAAGAAAUAGUACAUCUUAAAAGAGAUUUGGGUAUUGCUAAAAAGGUUAUAACUUCUUUAAAUGAUAAAAUGGCUGAUCUAAAUAAACGAUGUCAAAUGUUAAAUGAUUUGAGUAAAUCUAGCGUUGCUGAACGAAGGCGAAUUGAAACUGAUAUUGCUAAAGUUAAGGUAGAGUGGAGUAAUGCAAUGGUAAAUUGGCAUGAUUGCAUGGAGCGCUUGAAUUAUGUCAAUAACAACAAAGGGAAUUAUUUAGAUGUGGGUUAUAUGGUUAGACGUAACAAAACUAAACAAGGUAUAUUUGAUGAAUUAAACUACGAGUUUGAAAAGACAUUAGAAGAUUUUAAGCAUAAAAUUACUAAAACUAAUACAUUUCUUGAUAAAGAAAAGAAAAAGAAGAAGGUUGUAGCAAAGCAAAAGAGUUCAAGUACAAAGAAGAGAGGUCGACAAGACACUGAAGAGACUGAAGAAAACAAAAAGCCUCGCUUGUCAGAAGAAGCUGAUAAAUCUGCUGAUGCUUCAACUAUUUCACUUGAUACAAGUACAGCCUCUGUAGCAGAUUCUAGCUUUGUUGCACCCGAUGCUCCAGCUCCUCAGGUUUCUGAUUCUGCCACUAAUGCAGUACCAGCUUCUCCUGCUCCUAAUACUGUCAUGACCUUGGAAGACUUCAUGAAUUCAGAAAAAUUGGACGAAUUUAAAAAUGGGAAAUUCAUUAAUGCUUUGCGAGCUGUAUAUUAUGAAUUGAGCAAUAUGCCAAUUCCUUGUCCUGAUGUUCAUGAAGUUAUAUUCUCAAUUCUUGAUGAAUUGGAGCCUUUGAAUACAGAUAAACUUCCUUCUCCAUCAUUUGCAGGAAAUAUAUUAAUGGAAUGUCAUAUGGCAGCUGCACUUCAAGCUUUUACCGAAUUUCUGAAAGUGAGCAAGGUAUCAAUCUGUAACGAUGGCCAAACAAAAUUUUUAUUUGCUGGUACAUCUUAUGAUGUAACUUUAGCUGAUGGGUCUACUUUAAAACUUGGAGUGAGAGAUAUAUCAGGUGGCAGUCCAGAUACUUCCUUAAGUGUGUUGAAAGAUAUCUUGAGUGACAUCAUUAAUAUUAAAGUUGAGGGUAGUAGUCCUACUGAUUCAAUAAUAAAAACAGUAAAAGCUUUUAUGUCUGACCAUCAAUUAUUAGACCGAAAGUUGAUUGAAAUUUUAUUUUUGUAUAAACAGCAGAUAUCACCUCUUGUUGCAAAUAAUUUAGAAACUUUGCCUGAUGCAUUUCGCACUAAAGCAAUCAUCUUAAACAACUUUUGCACUGGCUUAUACUGCUUAUUAGGGCUUGCUAAAUUAGCUGAUGCUACAGUUUUAGCAUGGGAAGGAAUGUCUUCUGGCAAUAAUGUAGAUGCUUUUGAUGUUGGUUUUAUUUUAAGUAAAACUGUUCGACAAGCAUAUGCUUUUAGCGAUAAAGUUGAUCCAAGUAGUGAAGAUGAAAUUGGGAAAGCUUUUAGAGAAUUUGUUCUUAAAGAAAAAAAGCUUGAAUCCGUCCCUUUGGCACCUCACAAUGGUAACAUUUUUAAUGUUAUCUUUCAUAAUAGUGCAGGUAUUUGGUUUUAUCAUGAAAUUGGAUUAUUAACAGAGUUUUUUGAAAAAAUGAAAGAAAAAGAGGUUAAUGUUGAUUCUCUUUCUAACCUCUUCAAUGAAAAACAUAGCUUUGCUUUUGCAAGAGCUUUAGGCUUGAUUGGAAAACUUGUAGCUGUACCCUUAUGGACUGUAUUAGAAGAUGAUAUUGUUGAAGUUGGAUUGAGAUAUAACUCUCUAUUAAAAAAUAUUGAAAAUUGGGCUAAAGAUUCCUCUAAAUUUAUGAAAGGACAAGAGCGCUUGUUUGAAGAUGUGCCGGUUUCACAUGAUGCUGUAUAUGCCAGUUUAGUCAAAGAUAAUGAGGCCACUGAUGUUUUGACUAAAGAGUUACUUGAACUUUUGUUUACAGCAUUCGUAUCGUACAUAAAAUUUUUCAUGCAGGGAAAUAAAACUUCUGAGAAAAUCAAUGGUGAAUCAGCAAUGGAAGUAGACAAAGAUUUUAAGACACAAAUUCAUGAAGAUUUUGCCUCAUUUGAUAGAAUUACUCUAAAUAUCCAUUCAUCUCCCACAUUUGCUCUAGAUGCACUUACAUUAUAUAGCAAAACAAGAAAUGGAGCUUGGCAAGAUAAAUUGUGUAACAAGGAUAACAUAAAAGUAUUUGAUUGCAUGGAGAAAGAUAAUACUAAGCAGUUGAAAUCGUUGUAUAAAAGGAAGAUAAAACUUAGUGAUUUAAAAGGUCAGUCUUUGGACAAAAAUGAUACCUAUAAAUUGAUUGAAAAAAAGUACAAAUUAAUAGACGACCUUGUUAAAUUUGGUGGUCUUUGGAAGAGUGAAAAAGAAAUUGAUGCCCAAAUGAGAGAAAUAAAAGAGGUAGAUAAAUUGAAAGCUCUGCAAGCACAAAUUCGCUUCCGAAAAUACAUUUUAAGCGAAGAACAUGACAAUGGUUUGUUGGAUUUAGCUUGUGAAGGGAAGUUUUUCAAUUCUAUUAAACUGCGAGACAAUUUAAAAGUUAUCAUCAAGAAAGAAGCAGACUUAGCUGAUGUGUUUGAGCUAGCUACAGCUACUGAUGAUGAACAAAAACGUGGGCAAAUAAUUGAAUCUUGUAAGAAUGCUCAAGAAUUAGUUCCCAAGGAGGAUCCUGGCAAAACUGUGCCAAAAGAAAAUUUGUCUUGGCUUCUGGGUAAACUUGUAUGUCAUUUGUUUCUUUCAGAACAAGGAAAAGAGUGGAUUACUGGUGUUUGCAUUGCAAGAAGAAAUUUGAAUGGGUCUUGUUCAUACUACAUAAGAUACAAAAGUAAAGGCAUUCUGAGUGUUCCUGAUAGCAGAAUAGCUGAUGAUUUAAGAAGUCAGAACCUGAAAGUUGUAGAUCCGGCAGUCAAUGACCUUGUUGGAUCUAGACUUAGUCGAGCAUUCAUUAAAGACGAUGGUGAAUUAGAAUGGCUAGAUUGUAGAGCUGUGGGAGUUACUAAUCGUGGAUCAGACUUUAUUGUAGAAUUUGACAUGUAUGGUGGUGAUUUGCAAGUUGAUGAUGUUAAUAUUCCUGAACUUGAGACACUUACUUUUGCUACCCAACUACUUGAUGAAUAUAGAACUGGCCACCUUCGAUUGCUUUAACCAGCGACUUAACUUACUCAUAUUGAGAAGUUAAGUGCCUAAAAGAUACCUUCUAUGUGAAUAAAGGGGUCAAGCACUGUCUGUAAAAAUCACCGUUUCGCUUCAGUUUUUACAAUGUACAGUUUUUGCUGUUUUAUUACAUGUCAUUUGUACCUAUUUAUAGGUAAUCCAUUUCAUUUUUUUAGACAACCUGUGAAUAAGCAUAAGUUGUCAUAGCGCUUUUAUCUCAUCAUUUAUCACUCAUAUGUGUUUACUCAUGACUUUUACCAGUGACUGCAUCUCAGAUUAAUUUCAUACAUUCAUUUUUCCAUUUAUUUUUAAAACAUUCUAGUUAUUAGUUAAUGUUUUGGGUUUGUUUUUAUUUUUGAAUAGCUUCUGUUUAAAUUUGCAAGACUGUGAUUUUCAAACUGAAUUAGCUAAAAAUAAAAAAAAAUGGCUAGUCAAAUUCUUAUGUUUUUAGAAUUAAGUUCCUUUGAUUUAUUAGAAAUAGUUCCUUUACAGUGAAAAUUAUGUGCAUGAAACUAAAAUCCAUAAAUAUUUGCUUGUUAAGUAGUACCACUUGUAGAUGAAAUCUGACAGUAAAUAGAUUCACAUUUAAUAAUACUCAUAUUAUUCAUUUAUUUGUUAAGUUUUUAUUUUGCUUACUUAGUUGUUUUUAAUGUAUUUUGCUGUUUUAACUUAAAAAUUCUAUUUCAUUUCAUAAAAUUUUCCGACUUAUAGUCAAAAUAAUAACUUUAUUUUUUUAAAGAUAAAAUCGAAUCUGACUUAAUCUGAAAGCUGUACCAUACAAUUUUAUCCUAUUGCAUUACUAAAAGUUACCUUAUAAGAAAAUGUUUAAAUUUUAUGAUAUGAUGGAUGUCUUUAAAAGUAUGGUAAAGUGACAAGUAUUCUGGUAAUAUUUGAAAUGCAUUUGUUGAACCACUUUGCUAUGGGAGUUGUGCAUUUAUAUAUAUUUUUCAUGACUGAAGCGAUUUUAAAAUUUUAGAAUACAAUUAACAGUGUGGAUUUUAUGAUGGCAUAUCUUCAUGUCAUGUUAUACUUAACAUUUGUAUUCAUGUGUAGCUUCUUAUAAGUAUAUGUAUUGUCAUUUGUGUAGAUUUUCAUUGUAUGUGAUUUUAAUUGGUACCAUAGGUGAUGGUAUUAAAUUCUUUUUCAUUCUGAAAAAAAAAGUAUGCUUUAAAAUUUGUCAUCAAUGUGUAAAAGUAGUUGUAAUUUUUAACAUGUAAGUUGUGUGCUAACUAUAAAACCAUUUGCUUGUUGAGUUGAAAUUACAUCCAUACCUUUCUCUAAAAUUGGGCCAAAUGGAUUUCUUGUAGGAGCCACCAAUUUUCCAUACAACUUAAAUGUAAUACAUUCUCAUCUGAUAAAUAAAUGUUCUUUGAAUAUA